GCUUACAAGAGCAAAUUCUGGAAAGCUAGAAGAGAGAAAGGAUUUAAAAUUGACUCAUAUCUACACGACGUGAUACACUCAAACCACAUAGGACACAAUGGAGCCGUCAGCCAGUCCGGCCAAGGAUAACUACAGGAUGAACCGCUACAAGAACAAAGCACUGAACCCAGAAGAGAUGAGGCGCAGGAGAGAGGAGGAGGGCAUCCAACUCAGGAAACAGAAACGAGAACAACAGCUUUUCAAGAGGAGGAAUGUGGACGUUCUCAAUGAAGAGGAAGCCAUGUUCGAGAGUCCACUGGUGGACUCCCACCUCAACUCUCCAGUAACAGAAGGAGUGAUCACCAGAGACAUGGUGGAGAUGCUCUUUUCCGAGGACCCAGAGCUUCAGCUCACCACAACACAAAAAUUCAGAAAACUACUUUCCAAAGAGCCUAACCCACCAAUCGAUGAAGUUAUAAACACGCCUGGAGUCGUGGAGAGGUUUGUAGAGUUCCUGAAGAAAAGUGUCAACUGCACACUACAGUUUGAAGCAGCUUGGGCACUGACCAACAUAGCAUCAGGCACAUCCAUGCAGACAAAGACGGUGAUUGAGGCUGGAGCUGUGCCAAUCUUUAUAGAAUUACUUAACUCGGACUUUGAGGACGUCCAAGAACAGGCGGUGUGGGCCUUGGGUAACAUUGCGGGGGAUAGCGCAGUGUGCAGGGACUAUGUGCUGAACUGCAACAUCCUUCCACCACUAUUAAUGCUUCUGACCAAAUCCACUAGACUGACCAUGACUAGGAAUGCAGUGUGGGCUCUGUCUAAUCUCUGUAGAGGAAAAAACCCUCCACCUGCUUUUGAUAAGGUGUCACCCUGUCUGCCAGUACUCUCCAGGCUUUUAUUUAGCAGCGACCCAGACUUGCUGGCAGACGCCUGCUGGGCCCUGUCCUACCUCUCAGACGGCCCCAACGACAAGAUCCAGGCUGUCAUCGACUCCGGCGUCUGCAGGCGCCUCGUAGAACUACUCAUGCACACAGACUAUAAAGUGGCCUCUCCUGCUUUGAGAGCUGUAGGAAACAUUGUCACUGGAGAUGACAUCCAGACACAGGUGGUGUUGAACUGCUCGGCCCUGCCCUGUCUGCUGCACCUUCUCAGCAGCGCUAAAGAGUCUAUCCGCAAAGAGGCCUGCUGGACCAUCUCGAACAUCACAGCAGGAAACCGAGCACAGAUACAGACGGUCAUUGAUGCCAACAUCUUCCCAGUGCUGAUCGACAUCCUGCAGAAAGCAGAGUUCAGGACCAGGAAAGAGGCGGCCUGGGCCAUCACCAACGCCACAUCCGGAGGAACACCAGAACAGAUCAGGUAUCUGGUGAACCUGGGCUGCAUUAAGCCCUUGUGCGACCUGCUGACAGUGAUGGACUCUAAGAUAGUUCAGGUGGCUCUCAACGGGCUCGAGAACAUCUUGAGGCUGGGCGAGCAGGAAGCUAAGCAGGAGAACAACGGUACUGGAGUCAACCCAUACUGCAGCCUCAUCGAAGAAGCCUAUGGUCUGGACAAGAUAGAGUUCCUCCAGAGUCACGACAACCAGGAGAUCUACCAGAAGGCCUUCGACCUGAUCGAGCACUACUUCGGGGUGGAGGAUGAGGACAACAGUCUAGCCCCUCAGGUGGACCAGGCCAACCAGCAGUUCCUUUUCCCCCAGCAAGAAGCCCCUAUGGAGGGCUUCCAGCUAUAAGGCAGCAACCCCCCUCCCACCCCACCACCACCUGUCUCUCCUCUAAAAAAAAAAAAAUUAAAAAAAAUACACCCAUAGAACCCCUCUCCAUACCUCUCCAUCUCAUAGAGGGCCCCACUUAGAUGCUUGUGUCAUACCUCCACGCCCUCUUCCCUUUAUUGAUUAUCUGCCACUGUCCCGCCACAAACAAACCCCCUGUCCCCCACCCCCGUCCUUUGGAGGAAAACUAAAACUAUGUCCCGCUCUCCAAAAUAAAACACCCCUGUUUCCCCCCUCUCAAACCAGUGGACUGACUUCUUCGCAGGGCAGACUUCAUGUGUCAUCUGGCGAAACAGGGGAGCGGCACACAAACUCAUCACACUUAAAAGAGGCCGUAAUCACCUCCAGUAGCCAAAAGUGCGAGUCUGCCAUGGCUUUAAAACGCACACACAGACAUCUUCCUGCCAUCCGAGAGCUGUUAUGUCUCAUUGGCAGUAACGAUGGUUUGUUGGUUAUUAUCUUUAAAAAAAUAUAUACUUUGAUUUUUUUUUCCCCCAAUGGGACAUUUUCAGGAUUACCCCACGCAACCCCUCCCCUGUUCCCCAAUGCAAAAAGGCCACAGACCCCGGGGUGCAUGAGGUGAAAUAUGCCUAGCUCUUGAUGUCAGUCUGACUUAGUGCAAUUUAACAAAAUGACUUGUAACAUUUUCCCUUUUUUGUUUUGUUUUAUUUCCUCCCAAAACCCUUUAUUUAUCUGCUCCCUUUUUUUAAGUACUUGUGGGGGGUUUUUCCUGCCAUGGAAAGCACUUCGUUUGCAAUCAAGAUUCUCUCUGAUCUGGCUUAGGGCUGGUCUUAGGGCUGGUCUCUGCAUAUCUGCUGAAAAAACACAAAAAAAACCUCUGUACAGCGGCUUCAGAGGCGACAUGCCCGCUCGCUGUCAAGGGCUUUCUGAUGGCCCCAAUUCUGACGCUGAAGCAAAGAAGUGUGAUUCUUUUUUUUUCUCUUCUUUUUUUUAAAGCAGGAAAAAAAAAAUUGGGAGGGUGGGGGUUCGAGGUUGGGAAGUGUAAAAACAGAGAAAACAGAAUAAUCUGGAUUUAGGAAAGGGCUCCGGAUGGGAUAUUGGGAAAAAAAAGGAUUGGGGUUUUUUAGAGGAUAUUAUAAAAGAUCUCAAAAAAAAAAAAAGAAAACAGAAAAAAAAGGAAAAAUUCCAGGUUUUUGAGGGUGGUAUAGUUAGAGAUCCAAUGUUCGUCGUGUGCUGUGUUAUUAAUAAUAAUACAUUUGAAUUAUGAAGUGAUCUAACUAUUAAACAAGGUGUAGCUGGGGAAAGAGGGGAGGACGAAGAGCCGACAGCAGCAGCAGCAAAGCAAAUUUAUUUUUAUAUAUAAAUAUAUAACUUAACUAUAGAGAUCAUAGAUGUUUAAAAUGGGGGCGAAAUCAAGUCACUUGUGGUACAGAUACAAUGAGGACAUAAUGAAUUCUAGUUUUAAUUUCCUGAUACUAUCAAUGCCCUGUGUAAACCUGUUGCUGCUGUGCUGUUUUAGCGAAGGCCCUGCACUCCCCCCUCUCUCUCUCUCCCCAGUUAUAUGCGGUGGGGUUUUUUUGCAUGGUGUUAUAUUACCCUGCCUACUGUCACUGAGUAUCCCUGGCCAGACACACAGCCGGCACAGAGAACGGUGUGAAGACGCUGCGAGACUUGGCUGUAACAAGCUGGAUUUGGGUCACACUGGGCGUAUUGGUUUGAUGGUGUUAGCAGUGAUAGUGUAGUGACGGUGCUGGUGUUUUUGUAUAGUGCUAGAGUCGAUAUAGAACUUUAAUGGCAUUCAUUAUCACAAUGAGGAACGGGAAUGACAACUUGGAUGAUUUUUUUGCAUGGGUCCGUUGUGAUAUUCUAGGUAUUGAUGUAUAUAGCCGAUCCUCUGCCCGGCUGCUGGGAGAGUCUAAUGCCGCUUCUUUCUCCCCCAUGUAGGUCUAACAACAACCAGAGUUUGGCUAGGGAUAAAUCUCAGAUACGUGACAAGCCUAACUGCAACUGAAGUUCAAGUAUACGAAUACUUGAAUUUUUAUAUAUCUGCAUUUAUAUAUAUAUAUAUUUGCGCACACUUCAUGCACACUUGCAUACAACACCAGCAGACACUGAACACACACCUCACACAGAUGAGUGGCUAGUGGCAAAGAAAAUAAUUUCCAUAGUUUUUUUUUUUCUUUUUCUUUUUUUGGUUUGUUUUAAAGUUUAGAUUUUUCUCCGAAGUUUGAAAAUUGCCAAUUUGGCUUUUUUUUAUUUUAGGUUUGUUUGUUUCAAUGCACUUAGUAUAUUUUCUUUAUU